AGCUCAGCUUCAUUGUCUACAACAACACUAAUCAAAAUCUUUCUGUCUCUUUGUCUCUUAGAUUCCAACCCUUUCUUCUCCCAAAAUCAAUGGAAGUUUACGAGAGAGGUUUCUUCUCCAUAUCUGAAAGUGGUCACCAAAUUGAAGAAGAGAUGGACGUUAGGAAAGGUCAGUGGACUGAAGAAGAAGACUCCAUGCUCAAGGCUUAUGUCACUCUUCACGGUGAAGGUCACUGGAAUUCCGUCGCUCGUUUCUCAGGGUUAAGAAGAACAGGGAAAAGUUGCAGAUUGAGAUGGCUAAAUUACUUGAGACCUGCUAUUAGACGAGGCAGCAUCACCCUUGAAGAACAAUUAUUGAUUAUUCAACUCCAUUCUGUUUGGGGCAACAGGUGGUCGAAGAUUGCCGAACACUUGCCUGGAAGGACAGACAAUGAAAUAAAGAACUACUGGAGAACCAAAGUCCAGAAACAGGCAAAGAAGCUUGAAUGCGACGUUAACAGCCGCAAAUUCAGGGACGCCUUGCGCUACGAGUAUAUCCCUCGUUUAAUAGAACAGAUCAGCCGUGCUAAACAGGAGUCACCCUCUGGUCAACUCACCUAUGGAAACGAAACUGAGUCGGUCCAGGUCGACCAGAGUCUCCUACCUGAGUCUUCGUCGGAAAUCCAAGUCACAUACGGUUCAACUGUAGCAGAGACAUGGGGUAUAGAUGAGCAGAGCAAUAGCAAUGGUUGGCUUGGUGGUGGAGAUUACUGGAUGGAGAGUGAGUGGUGUGAAGAGAAUAUUUGGUUCUUACAACAGCAGCUUUAUGAUGAUGAGGAUAAUGAGAUCUAAUCAGACUAAUCAUAUAUAUGAAUAAACCAAAGUAAAAAAAUGAAAGGGUUUCUUUUGGAGAUUCUGUUCUCUAAUGGACUCUUUUUCUUAUGGAAAUUCACAACUUUUGGAAUGUAAAUAUUUCACUGAACAAUCAAAAAAGAAAAUGUUUGGCAUCAUCACGACAAAUAAUAAUAUUCUCUACUUUAUCAUUACAA